AUGGCUGAUGGUCCUCCUAUCUCGAUCGAUCAUCCUUUAUUACCCCCUGAUGGAGAGCUUGAUGACGGUGCUGCUCGUGUUGGUGUUUCGGAUUCCGGGACCUUUGAAACAACAAAUGUCGUCGCAAUAGAUGAAUCGACGCCUACUAUCGGUAUGUCUUUUCAAUCGGAUGUGGAUUGUAAGUCUUUUUAUCGUGAAUAUGCUAUCAAACAAGGGUUUGGGAUUAAAACUAGAAAUUCUAAGAAAGGGUCAGAUGGCAAGUUAAAAUAUUUCAUUCUAACGUGUGCAAGAGAAGGUCACCACAAAUCGAACAUAGCACCAACUUUGAAGACGAAUCCAACGAAGAAAAUUGAUUGCUCAGCUAAGAUAACGGUUGCUUUAAAGGAGGGUCUAUGGACUAUUCUGUCGUUUAAUUCAUCUCAUAAUCAUGAGAUAAGUCCAAGUAAAUCACGGUUGUUUGCUGGCAAUAAGAAGAUUGAUAUGCAUGCACAGCGGACAAUUUUGAUAAACGAUGAGGCAGGUGUAAGGGUGAACAAAAGUUUCCGUUCAAUGGUAUGUGAUGCCGGUGGUUACGAAAAUCUAACAUUUGUUGAGAGAGAUGUCAGAAACUUUGUGGCUAAAGAAAGACGCCUUCUCGGAAAGGAAGGAGACGGUAGGGCACUUUUAAAUUACUUUGCUAGAAUGAGGGAAUGCAACAAAGACUUUUUCUAUGAGAUUGACUUGGACGAGGACUUUCAUGUGCAGAAUGUUUUCUGGGCUGAUGCACGUAGUAGGUCUGCCUAUGAGUACUUUGGUGAUGUUGUCACGUUCGAUACCACCUACUUGACAAACAAAUAUGACAUGCCAUUUGCCCCAUUUGUUGGUGUAAAUCAUCACGGGCAAUCCAUUUUACUAGGUUGCGGUCUUUUAUCAGCUGAAGAUACUAGGUCCUUUACCUGGUUGUUUGAAACAUGGCUAAGGUGUAUGUCUUCGAGGGCUCCAAUGGGAAUUGUAACUGAUCAGUGCAAAGCAAUGCAGAAUGCAAUCAAAGAUGUGUUUCCUAAUACUAGGCAUAGGUGGUGUCUAUGGCAUAUAAUGAGUAAAAUUGCUGAAAAAUUGAAAGGAUACGCACAGUACAAAGGAAUAAAAAAUGCUAUGAAAAAUUGUGUCUAUGAUUCUCUGCUAGUUGAUGAUUUUGUUAUUGGGUGGACAACAUUCAUUGAAAAAUAUGGUUUGGGUGAAAAUCUUUGGUUGAAUACCAUUUUCAAAGAGCGGGAAAGAUGGGUACCAUGUUAUUUAAAACAUGAUUUCUGGGCCGGAAUGUCAACAACACAGAGGAGUGAAAGUAUGAAUGCUUUUUUCGACGGUUACAUUAAUGCUAGAACUUCUCUCAGUCAAUUUGUAAAGCAAUACGACAACGCACUUCAAGACAAGGCUGAAAAGGAAUACGAGGCAGAUUUCCGGUCUUCAACCACAAUCAUUCCAUGCGGGUCAAGUUCCACAAUCGAGAGACAAUUUCAAGUUGAGUACACUCAUGCAAAGUAUAUGGAGAUACAAGUAGAAUUUCGUGGGAAAUGCAACUGCUAUUUCAAAGGUGUGACUACAUUGGGUUUUACAUCAACAUACACUGUUCUAGAGGAGAGUAUUGUCUGUGGUAAACCGAACGAAAGGAAGUACUGUGUUGAUUUCAAUUGCGAAGACAAUAGUGUUACAUGUACUUGUUUGCUGUUUGAGUUCAGAGGCGUUUUGUGCAGACAUUCGCUUUUCGUACUUGGUCAGCUAAGAGUGAAACAGGUUCCGUCUAAAUUUAUCUUGCCAAGAUGGAGUAAAAAUGUGAAGAGAAAAUAUGCACACAUGAAGACAAGUUACAAUGCCAAAAAUCUACAACCACACAUAGAAAGAUUUGAAGGUCUUUGCAAGGUAUUUUAUGAAAUUGCAGAAUGUGCGGCUGAGACACCUAGUCAAACGACAAAUUUGUAUGAAGAGAUGAUCAAAUGGUCUAGCAAGAAGUUGGGCAAAAUUACUUCACAGGCAGAUUGUGGUGUGGGAGGGGAUGAUAGCUUAAACACAAUGGAGGACUCAUUAUCUCAGCAACCUGAACAACCAAUUCUCAAUCCGUUAAAAGUUCCACGUAAGGGACGUCCUCGAACUAAUCGUCGGUUGUCCACCACUGAAAAGAUUGUAAAGAAAAAAAGUAAACGGCUAAGAAAAAAACCAGAUGUUUUGUUCUUGGAACCUACAACACAUCCUAUGUCUAUAAAUGAUGGGUUUCAAGCGUACGGUGAUACGGUUAACUACUUCUCAUCCCAACAGUCAACUACUGGUUUUAUGUCAUUACUUGCAUCAGUGGGCAAAGAUGUGCCCACAGCUGAAUUUUAA